AUGGGUGGCAUGCAAGUCUCAGCCAUCAAUACCCAAAAUCCAUCUCAAGAGAUCUCUUAUGACAUGGCAGGACAUUUAGUGCAGAAUAACAACUAUGAUUAUACUCAAUCCUCUUCUAAACAGGUUAAUUACAUGGGGAGUAGUUCUAGAAAUCCCAAUAAUAAACCCUACUCUCAGACGUACAAUCAAGGAUGGAGAAAUCACCCAAAUUUUGGGUGGAGGGACCAAUCCCAGAGACCUCAGAAUUUCAACAAUAACUCUCAGGGCGGUUUCCAACAGAACAGUUACAAUAACCGCCAAUCUCAACCUCAGCAGGCUAACUCUAAAUCCAAGGAAGAUUCUAAUUGGGAGAUGAUGAGGAAUUUUAUGCAGAAAACCAAAGCCUCCAUUAGAAAUUUAGAAGUGCAAAUGGGCCAGCUGAGCAAGCAAAUACCUGAGAGGUCUGCAAGUACAUUUUCAAGUGAUACAGUGGUGAACCCAAGAGAAGAUUGCAAGGUUAUUCAGUUGAGAAGUGGUAAAACAGCCGGCUAUGAGACAAGGGCCAAUGAAGAGCUAGUUGAAAAGAAAGCUCCAGAAGAGAAAAAAGAAGAAGUGGAGCACGCCCCCCCCCCCAAAGCGUGCAGACAACCCAUUCCCUGA